CUCUGCCCAGUUGUUUGUUUUCACUGCAUGUGCCACUCCAAUCCAUUUGGCCAAUUCCUUAAACGCACACCACAGGACCGAACCGAACCGACGGACAGAUGUUUCUCAAGCCGUACCGACCCAAGAGCAGUGCUGCCCUCAAGGGAUCCGAUAGCAAGAAGUUCCGGCAGCGCGUGGAGGCGGCGUUUCCCCAUGUUUCUGUGGAUCAGCUGGUGCCGGCGAAGGCGGCGGUGACCCAGGUGAAGAUCCUCACCCACGGCGGCGUACAGAGCAUGGUCUACUGCGUGGACAAGCUGCCCGUGUUCUUCGAGCUGGACGGUGGCCAGCUCGUGCCCACGAUGUACACCCUGUGGUCCAUUCCGGACAUCCUGCCCUAUUUCACCACCCACGAGGGCGUGCUGCCGAAGCUGACGAACGGAGCGGAUCUCAUGCUGCCCGGAGUGGUGCCCCUGGGCGUGGGAUUGAGCAUGUACGGGCACUACAAGAAGGGACAGUUGAUGGCUGUCAACCUCACAAACAACAAAUCCGCGGUGGGUUUGGGCCAGUUGGCUCGUUCCAGCGACGAAUUGUACAUGUGCGGAGGCCACGGCGUGGCCAUCAAGAUGCUUCACCUCUUUGGCGACAAGCUCUGGUCGCAUGAGCCCAGUCUAGUGCAGCAAAUCCCGCUGGUAAAGACAAAAGCCUUGUCUGGAGAGGACUUUCCUGCUCUUGGCUCGGAGACGGAACGGAAAAAGCCUGCGAAUCCAGCGCCCAUAUCCUUUGCUUCAGUAACUCAGGCAGAGGAAGUGGAAACAGGAACGGCUGCUCUCACCUUGGAAGACCAGGAAACCCCCGAAUCCGAAGAUGACGUCGAGGCGGAAGCCUCUCCCGAACUGAUCCUCAAGAAUGCCUUCCUAUCUGCCCUGAAGAACAAUGGAAAAAAGCUGCCUCUGCCGCUUCUGACCAGUAACUUCUACAGACUCUAUGUGGUCACCGAGGCCCCGGAGCAAAUCGACCUGAAGAAGACGCGCUACAAGAAGCUCUCCAACUUCCUGGCCGAGAUGGUGGACCAGGGAUUCAUUGUAGUACGGGAGGAGAGCAAGGGAGUGGACAAGAUAAUAUCCGUGGAUCUGGAGCACCCCGAAGUGGUGAACUUCAUAACCGAUGUCAAGGCGAACGAGGCGAAUGGAGCUGCGUCCGAGACGCCUCUGUUCCACUCCGAGCUGAAGGAGAUGUACAUAGUGUCCGACGUGACGGCGGCCUUUUUCACCAAGCUGAACUUUAAGCGCGGCGAGGGAAUCCCGGCGGGACAGAUCAAGAAGAUUGUGCGGGAGUACGUGAGCAAGCACGGGCUGCUGCAUCCGCUGACCAAGCUGGUUCGCCCGGACGAGACUCUGAUCGAGCUGUACGGCAACAGGGAGGCCUCGCUGAGCGAGAUGUGUUCCCUGAUCACCAGCAAGAUGGAGCACUCCUACCAGAUGUGCAGCGGCAAGGACACGAGUGGCAAGCCACUGAUCCAGAUGUCGCUGGCCACGCGAUCGGGCAACAAGAAGGUGACGCUGGUGAGCAACAUCGAGGCGUACGGCAUCAUCCUGGCCGAGUUCAUCAAGCUGUGCAAACAGGGAGCCGCCGCCAGCACCAGUGUAGUGAAGCUGCCCCACCAGAAGCACGAGCAGCUGCAGAUCCAGGGCAACCAGGUGCGAUUUGUGCACACGCUGCUCACGGAAACCUACAAGGUGCCGCCCAAGUGCAUCCUGGGCCUCGAACUGGCCAAGGACGGGAAGAAGAACAAGAAGAAGUGAACAGGAUAAUAAAGG